CAUAUCUAUAUAUUUUUGGUUACUUAAAAUGCCGCAAUGUAAAAGUACAUAUUCCAAUUAGGGAGCUUUUUCUUCUAAAGGAAACAAGUACCACCUGGCUUAAGUUUGGUAUAAUCCCAUUUCAGAGGUCAUUUUGAGGCCAGCCAGAUAAUUCUCAAGGUAAGAGGAGGCCCUACUCUUGCUACAGAAACAUCAAACUAGACCUCUUUCUAACAAUCCAUGAGCUGGAAGGAAUUCUGCCACUAGAACCCACAUCUCAGUAAGCAUUACUAUCAAUACCUGGAAUCCAAAAAUGUGGGUGCUGGCUAGAGGCAGACAAUGACAUAUUUCAUAACAUUUGACUUAGGUGGGCACCUUUUGUAUUUAUCUUUAUAUCUUUAUCUUUGUAUUUAUCUUUAUAUACUGUACAGACUUUGAGAUUUGUGACUACAUCUUUUCCCUUGUCUUACAAAACAAUCUGCAAAUUCAAGCCAAGAACCCUUCAUACAGAAAGAGCAGAAGUUCAACAAAAACAACUGAUGGGGACUUCCAGCAUGUAGUGCUCAUCUUGAAGUGUGGAUCCAUCUAUUAUGUAACUGUAUGCCGCCCAGGUAAACUUUGUUAACAUAAGAUCUCCCGUUUGGUUUCCAGCACUAUUAUCGUUAUCCACACUGAGGAGAACACAACAAACAAAAAGAUGAACAUUUCCACAACAGUCACAGAUGUUAACGGAGCACUUGUCAUCACCCAAGUUAUUCCACAGAAUGCAGAAUCACCAGUCAGCAGCAAUCUUCUUCGAAUGCAACAAUCAUUAAAGGCAUUUCUCAAGGGAGAACCAAAGGCACUGGGUGCAGUACAGAUUAUGAUUGCUGUUUUAAGCAUUUCUUUUGGAGCAUUAUUGGGAUUAACUGGUUCCAUGGCAUUUAUAGGAGGAAUCCCGUUUUGGCCAAGUAUUUUGUACAUCAUCUCUGGAUCACUCUCUGUUGCUGCUACAAAAAAACCUACUCCUUGUUUGAUGAAAGGAGCUUUAUCCAUGAAUAUCAUCAGUGCAAUUUUCACCAUCCUGGGAAUAUGCAUGUACUCAUUGGACAUACCAUUUUAUUAUGGUUUAAUGGAAUGUGAUGGUUCAAACUGUGUACCAGCAUUGAUACAGAGUGUUGCUAAUGGAAUAAAAUCUCUUCUGCUACUGUUUUCUAUUCUGGAGUUCUGUAUUGCCUUUUCCCUGUCUAUUUAUGGAUGCACAGCUGCUUGUCAAAUUAAAGAUACAAUCCUGCCUGUGGUUAUCAUUCAGAACCCAGUAAAUGCUGCCUUCCAGGUGCCAAACAUCCAGGCAGUUACCAUCCCUGAAACUCAGAAUCCAUUUGUUUCAUCAUCUUGCAAUUCACCAAACAUAAACUAAUAUAUACAGCAAACUUCUUGGAAUGCCAGGGCCCUACAAGUAAUUCAGCGGUGCAUCUGUUGAGUGAAAAGGGGUAAAAAGGAUUUUAGAGAAAAACAGUACAAUCUUCUUAGUGUCUUAUUUCUGUUAUAAAAUGAAUGUACAAUGAGAUUUCUUGAAUAUUUAAUUAUAGGUCAAAUCUACAAAAAGGAACAAAAAUGGCUGUUCUUUUUAAGGAAAAUCAUUUGCUUUAUAAUCGACAAAACUGCAAUGAUACUUUUUAUCGACUAUUAUUAGGUCUGUUUUCUCUUUUGGUUUUAUGUGUUAGAAUCUUAAUAAUAAGAACAAAAACUGUUUGAACAACAUUGUUAAAAUUAGCAGUAAAAUUACUAGCUUGCAGCAGCCCACUCUUCCUGUGCUGUAUCACAAAGAAAUUUGAAAGAAGGCUAAAUCAUUUCUGUCAAAUUGCAGCCAUCCCUGGUUUCCUAAGUUUGAUUUGUAGCCACCCACUUGCAGAUUUAGAUUCCCAAAAGUGAAGAGCAACAGAUUUAAGAACUCUUUUACCACAGAACUAUGUGCUUUUUCAUUCUGGUAGUUCUAGAGAUUCUAGUGAGUUCUGAGUUAUUGCUGUGUAUUGUUCAUUAUUUUAUAUGUUGUAUAUGUUGUAUCUUGACUUAUUUUCUUAUAUCUGUGUAACAAUGUCUUAUGU